AUGUAUGAGCUGUAUGAUCCUUGCACCGUCAUGUUCUUCUUCCGAAACAAACAUAUCAUGAUUGAUCUUGGUACCGGCAAUAACAAUAAAAUCAAUUGGGCCAUUGAUAACAAGCAAGAAAUGAUCGAUAUUAUCGAAACCGUCUACCGUGGGGCCUCAAAAGGUCGUGGUCUAGUCAUCAGUCCCAAAGACUACUCCACACGCUACAAGUACUAA